AUGGAAGAGCGAAGCUUCAAAACAGCGCCAAUGUUACUACGUGGGUCAUUUUUAUUUCGUGAACAACAGAAGAUAACCGGCGGGGGUCCGAAGGAUCUCGCGCGACGACUAUUAAAACCAUACGAAGCCGCUGCGUCUCCAACCUCUCCGCUUUCGUCUUCAGAUGAAAUAUUGCUUAGUGUUCAAAAACAACUCUCCGGUGUUCCUCGAAAUAUAUUUGCUUCCCUCGAAGACGGACCAGAAAUUUAUCCUCAAUGUCCACUCAGCACGAUAUACGAGGGGGAAGACAAGGUUUCUUGUGCACGCGCCCUGGACGCUAGACUCAAACUGCUGCAAGAAAAUGGUUCUCAAGCAGUUGCACCUGAAAUUAGGCUCGAAGAACCUAGUGCUGACGCCACGCCCGAAAUUUCUCUCACAAGUUUUGACUCUGCUUUGACUGGAUUGAACAACCCCAUGACCUUGUUGCCCUCAAAGGCCUACUCCUUUGGGGACGCACACCCAUUACAUUGUUCGGCACUUCUUCGGCUGCUGUACCUUCAUACAUCCAUUAACCCGGCAAAUCGUUCCUCUCAUAUUCCAUCAUUGUUAAUCCCUGUCUACUCUGCCCUUAACCAGGAAAUUGAGCCUGAGGAGUUGAGCCACGUCGAGGCAGACACUUUCUGGGUCUUCGAGGCCAUAGUGGCGGAGUUUUCGGAGCUCGAAGAAGAAGGAGGAACCAAGUGGAUGAGAAGGUUCAGUGAAAGACUCUUGUACGCUGAUGCAGAGCUUUUCGAAGAUUUGCAAGCGAAGGGCCUGGAUCCUGCUUUACCUCAUUAUUCAUUCCGAUGGAUUACCCCUCUGCUUACCCAUACGUUACCUCUUCCGUCGGCCCUUGUAGCUUGGGAUGCCCUUCUCUCUUGGCAGCAGAGAGCGCGAGAUAUGAACCCGAAAUCUGACUUUCUGCUGGAUAUCUGCAUGGCAAUGCUAAUCCAUUCCAGGGCUGCACUCUUACGAAUAAGCAACGUUGGCCCAAAAGCAGCCAGUUUAUGGGCAGACGAAAGUAGCGACGUUCACCCCUCCCCUUCUAUGAGUGACCCUUUCUUAGAAGGAUUGAGGACGCUUCAAAAGUACCCUAUUGAGGCAUUUGGCGGAAUCGAACGAAUACUGCAGACCGCAGUUGAUUUGGCCCAGAAGAGAGCACAGGAGGCAAAUGCCGCAAAACACGAAUCACUUAGUUUGGGGGCUCGGCUGAAGGUUACCAUGUGGAAAGGCUUCACCAAUCAAGCUUCUUCGCCAGAGGAUUCACCUAGCGAAGACGAGGAUUCGAGUGAAGACGAGCAUGUUGAUGGUAAUGAAACAGAAACGCAGGAAAAUUCGACCUAUACACAAUUUGCAAGUACAAUGUGGAAAGGCAUCACAAAUCGACCUGUUGAAUCGCCCCUACCCAGCAACCCGCCCCCCGCCCCGCCCGCGUCAAUACCCCGACAAACCGAACAACUUCGCACUAACGGCGCCGAUCAAUUUCAAGCUUCUACCCCUACGCAGGCAGCUUCAAGUAUAUGGGGUUACGCGGAAAAGUUGAAGGAGUCCAACGCAGCCGCGACGCUUGCCAAGGUUAGCUCCAAUUGGCGCGCCAGGGCUUUGAUGGGUACCUGGGGACGUGGUGCAGACCAGUCACGCACGAGUGACCUUCGUGAACACCACACAGCUCAUAGUGAAUCCGCCAGCCCUAUCAUCCGACCCCACUCAGACGACAGACGAGGUUCUCUUCCCGUGGAACGAAUUGGCAUAUACUCCCCCCCAACUCGCUCACUUAACUUCCGUUCAGAUGACCCCUUCAAACCUCCCCAGGUCGGUUCAGCGUUGUUCUCACCUACCAAUUCUGAGGGAGCUGCGCAAAAUUCUGGAAUCCUCGACAAAACCCGGAGCCUGUUAUUGACACGCUCUCCACCUCAGACAGCGUCGAAAUCCGGGCCUCGACCUCUUCUGUUAAAUUCUGCAACACUUAUAACAGCUGGUAAAAAAGACAGCCCUCCUUUCCCUAUCAGUGGUGUCAUGUCUACCCCAGACACAGAGGAGUGGGCAGACGUCAUGAGAUUGAAACAACGCCACGUUCACAGAGACUCCCAGUCGUCGAUUUCAUCUCUGUCUCCGUCCGACGCACUGGGCCGCCCUUUGAACUCAGCCAAGUUUGACUGGGAUUCGGACGGCAGCGGCAGUCGGGUGGUCCCAUUGAACCGUAGAUCGAUUUCGCCUAUGGCGCCGAACUUCCGUGUGCUUCACUCGCGGUCGUCCUCCCGGAACUCAUCUGCUCCAUCGCCAGAUUCUUCACGCCUCUCUGGGCUCGCAAGGAACGUUCACAGUCCAGCAAUUGCUGAUUCAUGGGUCUCACCACCAGCUUCCGCUCCAUCGGUUUAUGAGAUCAAGACGCGUAGUGCAAUGGAUCAAGCGAAUGGCGCGAGCUCAGAAGCUUCGGAUAGUACACCCCACGAACCACCUUCGCCUGUGAGGAAGCUCUCACGAAAAAAAACAGACCCGUCGAUCACCACAGACGAUACCUCCGACUCUCCCGCCGUACGAUUACCAACGCGGACCGCACGAGUACGUUCGAAGCGUCAUCCCGCGCGACCUACAAAUCUUCAGAUACAAGACAAUCCCGCUAAAUCACGAACUUCCAUUGAGCAGAAAACACCUAGUCCUUCCGCCGCAAACCUUUCAGUUCCAUGGCCUGGAGAUGAGAUUGACGCUGUUGCUACACCAAGAGCUUCGAAAUUCGAGCUCGAGGAAGAUGCAGCACCGUUCAACUUGGGACGCUCUCCUCGAAGAUCGAGGAAGGUAUCAUCUGGUAGCCCUGAAAAGAGGAAUGUGUCCUCCGACAGACAAGACAGUAGAACUCGAAAAGUAUCUGCUGGACAUCGGGUGCGGAAAGUCUCUGUGGAGAACCGGGAUCCACCGGGAAGUAGUCGGGACAGCGCAGCAGAGGAAGGGGACGAUGAAGGCUAUGACGAACUUUUAAGUGCAUAUGAAAGUGAGGAUGGACCGGACAUGUCUUCGCUAAGAUAA